AGUAAAUAUUAACCAGCUCUAAAAGAAGUAAGGGUGGUUAGAGGUGAGAUAUAAUGAUGCACAGGUAACUGUACUUCUGGAAUCCUUGUGUGGCCUGCAGUGAAGAUACCAAGGACAUACAGAGCAGGAGCUACCUCACUGGCUUAGGCAACAAGGUGGCACAGUGGAUAGAGCUCUGAGCUUGGCGUCUGGAAGAUCUCAGACAUUUACAAUUCCUGGGAUUAGGUUACCCUGGACAAAACAACCCAACACAUGCCUCAGUUUCCUUACCUGUGAAAUGUGGAUUUGGACUCAGUCACCCUGGAAAAUGACUUCUACCCUGUACAUGUGUCUCUUCAUUCUCUCGACCCUCAGUUUUUGUGUCCCCCAGCCUAACAACCAAGAAUCCACUGUUCAGGAAGAAAAUCCUUUCCAUCGGAGGUUAGCACCAGUGAAUGUUGACUUUGCAUUUCGCUUAUACAGGAAUUUGAUAUCAAGAGCCCCAAACAGAAAUGUUUUCAUCUCCCCAGUGAGUAUUUCCAUGUCCUUGGCCAUGCUGUCUCUUGGGACCAAGUCAACCACACACACUCAGCUCUUGGAAGGCUUAGGAUUCAACCUCACAGAAACAUCCGUUUGGGAAGUCCAUAAGGCUUUUGAACAUCUCAUCCAACUGUUCAACCAUUCAGAUACUGGCCUGGAAAUGAACAUGGGAAAUGUCCUGCUUCCUGACUUGCACCUAAAACUUACGGAGUCAUUCAUGAGAGAAAUAAAGAAAUAUUAUAAUGUAGACAUUUUUCCUACAGACUUUAAAAAUACAACCAGAGCCAAGAACCAGGUCAACGAUUUUGUCAAGAAUAAAACUUUGGGAAAAGUCGAUCAGUUAUUCAAUGAUCUGGAAGAGAAUACCAUCCUUCUUUUGAUCAACUACUUUUUAUUUAAAGGAAGAUGGGUGCAACCUUUUGACUCCAGCUUCACCAAAAUGCAGAAGUUUUACCCGAGUCAGAAUGUGAGCGUGGAUGUGUUGAUGAUGUUCCAGUCAAGGCUCAAUAAGAUCUUGUUUGACAAGGAACUAUCCUGCACAGUAGUACAAUUAGAGUACUCGGGGAAUGCCACGGCCUUCUUCAUCCUGCCAGAUGAGGGGAAGAUGGACAAGGUGGUAGCUGCCCUGAGCCGAGACACACUGGAUAGAUGGUCACUGCUUCUCAAGGAGAGAGACGUGCAUUUACGUAUUCCAAAGUUCUGUAUCUCUGAGUCCUAUGAACUUAAUGACGUCCUAGAGGAACUGGGAAUGAUGGAACUAUUCACCGUAAAAGCUGAUUUCUCUGGCAUCACUGAUGUUCCAAUUAAGCUCUCUAAAGUCCACCAUAAGGUUGUACUCAGUGUUGAUGAAGAGGGCACAGUGGCAGCUGCAGCCACUGGAAUGGAAUUAACAUCCAGAGGACUUCCUCCAGUCAUCACGUUCAACAGACCCUUCCUGUUCAUUGUGUUUGAUCAUUUCACGUGGAGCUCUCUGUUUCUAGGAAAAAUCAUGAAUCCCACAUAAGUGCCUAGACAAGGUGUUGAACUGGAGAGGCAGUGCUGCGAGUUACUUUGUGGAAAAUGAUUGGACUGGGAAUUGGGAGACUUGGUUUCCACUUUGAGGUUUACACUUCGUACCUUCACCUCAGUGUUCUUCUAUUUCCUCUUCUGUAAAAUGGAGAUAUUUCUUCCCUGCCCCUGCCCUCAUCAUUAACAGUAGGAUUAUUUUGUGGCCCAAAUAAAACAAUGACUGUAAAGGCA